ACUACGACACGAUGACGAUGACGAUGUCAGGUAUAUGCGCGUCGCAGCAGCAGUUGGUCGGCAACAAAAAUUUAAUAACCGCAGCACAUCUGUUCCGUUUCUGCGUCCGGACAAAAGAUCGCGAUCGCGUGACACGUUUUUCGUUUUUUUAUUUGUAUUGAAUUUUAUUUAUUUUUUUUUUUUUUAAUUUUUUAUUUUCGCACUUUCAAGUGCCGGCCUUUGAACAUAGUUGUUUUUCAUUUCAAUUAUUUCCCCCACCCCCCUCAAUCGCCGUGCGUCGUACGCGCAUGCACGGACGUAAUAAAUACGUGCAGACGCUUGGGAACGCGGUCAUCACCGUCCGAGCACGCGGUUACCACACUGAUCGUUUGCGACCCGAAGAAGACAUCCGAUCCCGUGCCCAGAGACAAACAUGACGACCGCGAGAACUCGGCUAGCCGCGGCGGUCGUCUGGCUGACGCUCGUCCAUCAGAUUGAAGCAAAUAACCCUCCAUUAUUUUCACGACCAAGUUUUAUGGGCUCUAUUUCCGAUGAAAUCAAUAUGCCUGACAUAAAUCGGAUACGACCAUCCAUUAACCAAAUAUCUAACCCGCUAGAAAGUAACAAAGGUUUCGGAUCAGCUCAACCGAUUUCAACACCACUAUCACAACCACAACAAAAUACAACGCCACAAGGCGACAAUAUUAAAUCACCCAUUCAGGAUAAUAAUCAAGAACCGACGCAGAAGAAUGGUCAACCAUCGAUGCAAAAUAUAAGACCUUUACAGGAACCGAAUAACGGUCAAUCGAAAAUACAGAGUAUGAGACUACCACAGAUGUUGGACAAUAAUUCACAAUUUAUUAAAAAUACUGAUUCACCAUUUGUUCAAAAUACUGAUUCACCAUUUGUUCAAAAUACUGAUUCACCAUUUGUUAAAAAUAAUGAUUCACCAUUUUUUAAAAAUAACGGCUUUCCGCCGAGGGAGGAUAAUUUUAUACCACCUUUAAAAAUGAAUCAACCGAAGGAACAAGAUUUCGGUAUGACUGAUCAAACGCAAGGAUCAUCUGGUUUACAGCAAGGGUCGAAUCUACCGUCGAACUCGAACCGGCCACAAGAGGUGAACUUUAACAAUCAACAAUCAAGACCUCCGCAGGAAGAUAGUUUUACCGAUAAUGCUUAUUCGACGAAUACUCCUCAGGAACAGGUACAACAACAAUAUCAGAAAAAGUAUCCGCAACAAAAUCAACAAUAUCCACCAUCAUUUCCCCAAAAACUUCCAAAUCAAAUGUCCGCACAACCAAUUGUAUCGUAUCCGCAGCGACAACCAACCGUCGUAGCGGUUCCGCAGCAACGACCGAUGGAGUCGGUUCCACCGCAACAGCAAAUCGUGUCGGUUCCGCAGCAGUCGCAGUUUUCGUCCAAUUACCCUGACAACCAGAUGUAUCAACCGAUGGACCAACAGAAUUUCCGUGGACCGCAACAGCCAUAUUAUCAGAUGCCUUAUCAGACCCAAAUGUCAAUGAACUACCCGGACACUGAAAACGAUCGGACGCAAACGUACAUCAACAGCUAUCAAAUACAGCCGUCCAAUGUUCCUUCCCGUACCGGACCGAAGCCACUGUUCCCCAUCAACUUCGGGAACAUGUUGCCGCUGAAUUCGCUGAGAGCGUUCAACCCGUUGCCGUUUGCGCAGCAGUCGAUCGGCAAGUUGACCGGUUCGAUGAACGGCAUGGUGGACAAGGUGCACAGUUACACGUCCGGCGUGGAAGACGGUGUGACCGGCAUGGCGCUGGAUUUCGGCACCACGCUGGUGGACGGCGGCCAGGCGGCCCUGCACACGAUCGCGGACGUGGCGCUGGCUGUGCCGGACGCAAUCUUCGACAGCAAGCGGAAAACGUUGAACAGAUUGCGGAACUCGCGGCAAGGCAGCCGCCAGCCGGACGCGACGAACAGUCGGCCGCAGGACGGCACGUACUACGCCCAACAGUUGUCGCAGAACGGCCAAGACGACAACGGUUACACGACGGCGGGGCAACAGCAGCCCCAGCAGCCCCAGCAGGUCAGCAUUCGCCACGGCAUCCAACAGGUUCCGUCCGAAUAUGUAAUGGGUUGGCUUAUUGGACGAAGGGAGCCGGGGAGAAUAAUCCGUGUAUUAUAG